CCUUUCAGGGGGGAACUAUGCCCUAUAUAAGCAUGUGUGACCAGAGGGGUCUCUGCAGUAUAAAACGUCUCCUGGCCGGUUCCUGUGUUAAAGUCAAGGAGUCCUGGUUGACACCCCGCUGCUCUGCAGAUUGUCAGCGCCGGGGUGAGGGAGGGGGUGAAGCUGCAGGACUCACCACGCCUCGGUUACGGUUCGGCAAGUUCGUCAGCCAUAUUGACUGUGUGCACCUCCGGCCGUGGGAUCCUGGCGGAGGAGUCUCCCGCAGCCCGUAUCACAGUAUCACCGCGUCAGCCCUCGGUGCGCACCGUGUCCGGUAAACGGCGCAGAGGAGGACGGGAAGGUGAAACGCUCUAUUUUUACGCGAGGUGGAUCUAUAUAAAGACGCACAGCCAGCUGGAGGGGGUGACAGUUGGACACAUCCUCAGCCGCCGGGCGUUAGAGGUGCUGGUGCCCCGUAGGGAGGCAGGAAGACGGAGGGGGACUUCAUUGCAGUUUCUCAGAAUCAGGGGGCGGUUGGAGAAAGGAGAAAGAUGCCUAAACCAAUCAACGUGCGCGUCACCACCAUGGACGCUGAGCUGGAGUUUGCCAUCCAGCCCAACACGACAGGCAAACAGCUCUUUGACCAGGUGGUGAAGACGGUGGGUUUGAGGGAGGUCUGGUUCUUCGGCCUCCAGUACACAGACAGUAAAGGUUACGUGACGUGGCUCAAACUCAACAAAAAGGUGACCCAGCAGGAUGUGAAGAAGGAGAAUCCGCUACAGUUCAAGUUCAGAGCAAAGUUCUUCCCAGAGGAUGUGUCCGAGGAGCUGAUCCAGGAGAUCACACAGAAGCUCUUCUUCCUGCAGGUAAAGGAGGCCAUUUUAAACGAUGAGAACUACUGUCCCCCGGAGACGGCCGUGCUGCUGGCCUCCUACGCUGUCCAGGCCAAGUACGGAGAUUACAACAAAGAUGGUCACAAGCCGGGCUACCUGGCCUCCGACCGGCUACUGCCACAACGAGUUCUGGAGCAACACAAGCUGACAAAGGAACAGUGGGAGGACAGAAUACAGACCUGGCAUGAGGAACACAGAAGCAUGCUCAGGGAGGACGCCAUGAUGGAGUAUCUGAAGAUCGCUCAGGACCUGGAGAUGUACGGUGUCAACUACUUUGAAAUAAAAAACAAGAAGGGCACGGAGCUGUGGCUCGGGGUCGACGCGCUGGGGCUAAACAUCUAUGAGCAUGAAGACAAGUUGUCGCCAAAGAUCGGCUUCCCCUGGAGCGAGAUCAGAAACAUCUCCUUCAACGACAAGAAGUUUGUCAUUAAGCCCAUUGAUAAGAAAGCUCCAGAUUUUGUGUUUUACGCCCCUCGGUUGCGCAUCAACAAGCGCAUCCUGGCGUUAUGUAUGGGAAACCAUGAGCUGUACAUGAGGAGGAGGAAGCCCGACACCAUCGAGGUGCAGCAGAUGAAGGCUCAGGCCAGAGAGGAAAAACACCACAAACAGAUGGAGAGAGCGCAGCUGGAGAACGAGAAGAAGAAGCGAGAGCACGCGGAGAAGGAAAAGGAGCGAAUAGAGAGAGAGAAGGAGGAGCUGAUCCAGAGGUUGAGGCAGAUCGAGGAGCAGACACACAGAGCUCAGAAAGAGCUGGAGGAUCAGACUCGCAAAGCACUUGAGUUGGAGCAGGAGCGGAAGCGGGCGAAGGAGGAGGCCGAGCGUUUGGAGAGGGAGAAGCUGGCGGCGGAGGAGGCCAAGGCGUCGUUGGCUCAGCAGGCGGCCGACCAGAUGAAGAACCACGAACAACUGGCUGCUGAACUAGCGGAGUUCACUGCUAAGAUUGCUCUGCUUGAGGAGGCAAAGAGGAAAAAAGAAGAGGAAGCAACAGAGUGGCAACACAAAGCUCUAUCAGCUCAAGAAGACCUGGAAAAGACCCGGGAGGAGCUGAAGACAGCCAUGACGUCUCCACCGGCGCCAGAGCACGACGAACAGGACGAAACUAACGCCGAGGCGAGCGCCGAGCUGCUCAGCGACGGGGUCAGCAGCCACCGCAGCGAGGAGGAACGCAUCACUGAGGCUCAGAAGAACGAACGUGUCAAGAAACAGCUACAGGCUCUGAGUUCCGAGUUGGCCGAGGCCCGUGACGACACAAAGAAAACUCAGAACGACAUGCUGCACGCCGAGAACGUCAGGGCAGGAAGAGACAAGUACAAAACCCUGCGCCAGAUCCGCCAGGGUAACACCAAGCAGCGCAUCGACGAGUUUGAGUCCAUGUGAGGAGGGGGGGGGACACAACGAUGUCAACGCAUCACUUUCCUUGUGGAGCCCGAAACCUGCAGGAGCUCCUGCUGUGGUCCUCUCAUGACAAGGAACGACCAGCUGACGGGCUUUGUAGCUUCAGCCUCGCCAAAGCUCUGCCGAGCAGCGGUUAGCCAAUCACACAGCGACCUGCUUUUUAGAGCGCCCGACCCCAAUGAAGCACGUCUUUUAAUCGGUUGGAAAAAUAGCAAGCGACGUAUACUGUCGAUCACAGACUCCUCCCUUUUACAAUCUGACAAUAUUAAUGCUUGCAUGUCUGAUAAAUAAACAGCAACAGGAGCGUUUGAGAAAAUGGCAUCACAGAGAAUUGGCCGAUGUCGUGCUUUUACCCAACAAAAAAGAAAAUGGCCAUUUGUAGCUUUUCAAUGUUGCUAGCACACUCGUACGUAAAGCUUUAAUAUCUGUACCUUACUUUUAUUUCUUUGUAAUCAGUUGAAUUUAAAUAAUUUGUUUAAAAAAGUUAAAAAGAAAAGAAAACCGCCUAAUUUGUCUCUUUUCCUUCCCAUCUUGUCACCUUCUCUCAUUUUGUGCAGGGGAAGGAUUCCUUUUCAUUUCUGCUAUGAGUGUCAUCCGUGUGUUUAUGUGGCAUCAGCUGAGUUAUCUCCAGUUUACGAACGCUCCCUCUGGAGAUUUGGGAGCAAACACACAUGCAAAACUUAAUUAGCUUGUUUUCAAUGCUGAGGUGUUUGUUCCAAUAUGUAAUUUACCCCCAGAAUAAAUAAUUAAUUUAUAUUUCAAACGACUCUGCUACAGAAAGAUCUGUCUGCAGGGAUCAGAGCACGUUAAUUUUUAUUUAUUGAUUAAGGAAGAUGCGUCAGAAAAACCUGUUUGAACCUGACAUGAUGUGGUGUCACUGUAAAUCUCAAAGAGGCUGAAAUUGUAACUUCAAGCCAGUUUUUAAUAAGUGUUAUUUUUUUCUUGUAAAACAGGUUUUGCAAGUUUUCAGCUUCCAACUGGAGUGACAUUCUUUUGAUGGCUGUAAAAGUUACCACCAGGACACAAAUGAUUAUUAUCAGAUAUACUACCUGUGUUGUUGAUAAUACUUUUACGAGUUGAAUUAUUAAUUUCCUUAGAAAACUAGCGAUUCAAUUUCUAGCUCUUGUCAUGUUAAUCGCUCUCAUAGUGUAGAUGUCCCACCAAGGCCCAACAGAACCUAAUAUUCAAUUAAGCUGCACCAAACUGCACACUCAUAGAUAUGAAUCUGUCCCCUCAAGAUUCCUAAUUACUGUCAUCAAGAUUCAAGAAUUACUUAGGAAAACUGUGAAUUUGUCAAUAAAUGCCUUAUUUCACCAUGUUAGAAAAAGUGAAG